AUACCUUCCAUUUGUGUACUACAUUCACAAUUAAGCAACAAGUGAUAUCAUCCUCAUGGAGUUUCAUCAUCUCUUUCAUGUCUUCUUCACCUUUCUUUUUGUGAUUUUAGUAGGAAUUAGUCAAGCAGAGAUAUCAUCAUCCCCUCAGGGUUAUUGGAAUUCGGUGUUGCCAAAUACUCCCAUCCCAAAAUCAAUCAAGGAUCUUCUCUAUCCUGAAUGGGCAGAUGAGAAAAGCACCUCGGUUCAGGUUGGAAAGGGUGGAGUCAACGUACAGACUGGAAAGGGCGGCGGCACCAACGUCAAUGUUGGCCACGGCGGUGUUGGAGUUCAAACCGGACAGCCCGGGAAAGGAACCAAUGUAAACGUGGGCCACGGUGGAGUCGGAGUUCAAACCGGACAGCCCGGAAAAGGAACCAACGUCAAUGUUGGCAAGGGUGGAGUGGGAGUUCAAACCGGACAGCCCGGAAAAGGAACGAAUGUCAAUGUUGGCAAGGGUGGAGUCGGAGUGCAAACCGGGCAUCCCGGGAAAGGGACCAACGUAAACGUGGGCCACGGUGGAGUUGGAGUUCAAACUGGGAAGCCCGGAAAAGGAACCAACGUUGGUGUCGGAAAAGGAGGUGUCACCGUAAGCACAGGUCACAAAGGAAAACCCGUAUACGUGAACGUAAAACCUGGCUAUAAUCCCUUCAAUUACAGGUACGCUGCAACCGAUGAUCAAAUCCACGACAACCCGGACGUGGCACUGUUCUUCUUGGAAAAAGACAUCAGAACCGGCAAGAAGAUGAACCUACAGUUCACAAAAACCACCAACGACGCAACUUUCUUACCUCGUCAAGUCGCAGACACAACCCCAUUCUCAUCAAACAAGCUGCCUGAAAUCCUCAACCAAUUCUCUGUCAAACCCGAAUCAAACGAAGCCAAGAUUAUCAAGAAAACGAUAGAAGAAUGCGAAGAACCCGGGAUUAAAGGAGAGGAGAAGUAUUGCGCAACUUCCCUCGAAUCAAUGAUCGACUUCACCACAUCCAAGCUCGGGACAACAAGGCUCAACGCAGUCUCGACCGAAGCCGAUAAGGGAUCAGAAUGGAAAGAUGAAUACGCGAUCACCCAGGUUCAACAAGUGGCGAACAAAGUGGCCGUAGUUUGCCACAAGCAAAACUAUGGAUACGCGGUUUUCUAUUGCCACAAAACCGACACCGCCAGAGCAUACACCGUGGCUUUAAGGAGCGUCAAAUCGGGUGCGAUAGUGAAGGCGGUGGCGGUGUGCCAUAAAGAUACUUCGGGUUGGAAUCCUAAGCAUCUCGCUUUUCAAGUGUUGAAAGUUAAACCAGGGACUGUUCCCAUUUGCCAUUUCCUCCCCGAGGAUCACAUCGUUUGGGUUCCUUACUAGAAGGAAGUACUAUUAUAAGCAGAUCGGAUAGGAUCGGUUUCUGUUGUUUAAUAUAUAUAUAGAUAAUAAAAAAAAAGCAUUAUUAAUCAGUUGUUUGAAAUGAGUGAGCUUGGGUUGUGUUAUAACGCCUAUGAGCUAUCUAUCUACCAAUAUGUGGGAAUGAUUGAUGCAUAUUAUAUUAUA